GAUCGUACAUUUGGUUGAUAUGUUUUGAAUCGUUUAACUUCAGUUCAAAUGCAAAAUCGUGUUACGCGUCCCCCCUCCCCAGCAAUCUGUUGGCACUGACAGCUGUCAGUGACGCGGGGACGGCGCCCAGCGUGCUGACGUAAGGCGCGUUGCGCGGGAACUGUCGACAUGGAGACGGCGGGCGGCGCGGACCCGGAGCCGGCAGAGUCCGAGGGGCCGAGCGGCAGUGCCGCGGGACCGAGCGCACCAGCUGCGCCCACGUACGAGCUACCCUGGGUUGAGAAGUACAGACCUUUGAAACUGAACGAAGUUGUCGGGAAUGAAGAAACAGUCAGUCGACUGGAGGUCUUCGCAAGAGAAGGAAAUGUACCAAACAUCAUUAUUGCAGGCCCUCCUGGGACUGGAAAAACAACCAGCAUCUUGUGCUUGGCUCGGGCACUUUUGGGUCCUGCAUUAAAGGAUGCUGUUCUUGAACUCAAUGCUUCAAAUGACCGAGGUAUUGAUGUGGUUAGAAACAAAAUUAAAAUGUUUGCCCAGCAGAAGGUUACGUUACCAAAAAGUCGUCACAAGAUCAUCAUCCUGGAUGAAGCAGACAGUAUGACAGAUGGAGCCCAACAAGCCCUAAGGAGGACAAUGGAGAUUUUCUCUAAAACCACACGUUUUGCACUGGCAUGCAAUGCUUCAGAUAAAAUCAUAGAACCUAUCCAGUCUCGUUGUGCUGUUCUACGUUACACAAAGCUUACUGAUGCCCAGGUCCUUACACGACUAAUGCAGGUGGUUGAGAAGGAGAAUGUCCAAUACACAGAUGAUGGACUAGAAGCUAUCAUCUUCACAGCACAAGGAGACAUGAGACAGGCUUUGAACAACUUGCAGUCAACACAUUCAGGAUUUGAGUUUGUGAACAGUGACAAUGUUUUCAAGGUGUGCGAUGAACCUCAUCCUCUCCUGGUAAAAGAAAUGAUUCAGCACUGUGUUAAUGCAAACAUUGAUGAAGCAUAUAAGGUUGUUGCUCAUCUUUGGAAAUUGGGCUAUUCACCUGAGGACAUCAUUGGCAACAUUUUCAGAGUCUGUAAAACGUUCCAGAUGCAGGAGUACCUGAAACUGGAAUUUAUAAAGGAGAUUGGAUACACUCACAUGAGGAUUGCAGAAGGAGUGAAUUCCUUGCUACAAAUGGCUGGGUUACUCGCUCGACUUUGUCAAAAGACUGCAGCUCCACCUGCAAGUUGAUCCAUGAGUCAUAAUCUCCAGGUUGCUUUUGUUUAUAAAGGCUUGUAUGUGAAAUGAAUGCAUACUGUCGUUAGAUGCACAUGAUCACUCUUCAUGUAUUUUCAGCAUUGUGUAGAUCAUCAGCUCGUAGCUUUUUCUGGAACUUUUUAAAAAAAACUUUAAUAAAUGGAACAAUCAAUACUCA